GUGCCAUUCCAGCCUAUUCAAAACAUGGGGACAUCAUAUUCUGUGAUGAAGCUGUAAACUUUGCCAUACAAAAAGGGCUGGUUGCAUCUAGAAGUCAGAUAUUUUUCUUUAAACAUAAUGAUAUGGAUGAUCUUGAAAAACUUCUCUUAAAUCAAGAAAAGUUGGAUAAAAUUAAUCCAAAGAAAGCUCUGGUGACUAGAAGAUUUUUAGUUGCGGAAGGAUUGUAUCUGAAUAAAGGGGACAUUUGUCCAUUACCUGAAUUGUUGGAGUUAAAAAAGAGAUUCAAAGUUCGUCUUUUCAUUGAUGAAGCAUGCUCAUUUGGAGUACUGGGAGAAACAGGACGAGGAGUCACUGAACAUUUCAAUGUUCCCAUAGAUGAUGUAGACCUUAUUACUGCAACUCUUGAAGCUGCCAUACCUGGUUAUGGAGGAUUCUGUGUGGGAACAUCUUUUAUUGUCGAUCAUCAACGCUUAUCUGGUCUUGGUUACUGCUUUUCUGCUUCUUUACCUCCUUUGCAGGCUGGUAUUGCCAUAGCUGCAUUAGAAAUUUUAGAUUCAAGUCCAGAUCUUGUAAGAGACCUGCAAGACAAUUCUAAAUGUAUGCAAGAAAAAUUGGAAAAGAUUCCAGAGCUGGUAACUAAAUCAGUAGCUAUUUCACCUAUCAAGCAUCUUUACAUCUCGAACAAAUUCUCAAAAAGUUCUGUGGAAGAUAAAUCAAGUUUAGAACAAAUUGUUUCUUAUGCCAUGGAUAAAGGAGUUGCUCUCACUCUUGCUAAAUACUUAGAUGCUGAAGAACAUAAAGUGCCACAACCAAGUAUCCGUCUCAUUGUCACCGCCAUUUUGAAUGAGGAGGAUAUUAAUUUAAUAAUUUCUGUUCUUUCUGAAGCUUGCAAAAAUGUAUUUCAUAGCUAAUAAAUUCAAUUACUUUAUUAUUUUUAUAUCCUGUGCUAAUGUUCUGAAUUAUAGAAUUUCAUAUUUUUAUAUUAAUAUUUCUUAGUUGUUUGCUUCUUCUGCCUUUUUUCAUCCGUUAAGGGCUGUGCAUACAUUUUUUGUUACAUCAUUUUCAUGAGUGUGAAAAAAUUUUAUAUGUUGCAUCUUGUCUUUUUCAAGGAAACUUUGUUAACUUUAAUUAUUGAAUGUAGAAAAAACAUUGUGUCUUUAAGAAUUCAAAAUUUAAUUAUUCAUCUUUUUUUUCUCUAUCUUUACAAAAAUGAAGGAAAAAAAUAUUGUUUAAAACACAGGUGAUGUCACAGUAGGAAAUUCUUUUAGAGAAAAAUCAUUUUUUAUGUAAUUUGUAGAAUACAGGCAUAUUGUUUAAUAUGUGUAUAUAUUUUUUAAUCAUUACUUUUACAAUAUGGUAACUGACAGUUUAAAUGUUUCAAAAGGCGUUAACUUUUAUUUGUUUUAAUAUUUUACUGCAUUUUUUACCCCCCCCAAAAAAAAAAACUUUCUCCUGCCACUUCCACACAAUUUUGCCACUUUCUCCUGAUUCCCUAAUUUCAUUAAAAAAUUUCCCUGGUUUUUGUUUGUAUGUGAAGAUAUUCUGUAUUUAAAAAAGUUUCUGAAGAAAAAAAAAUUGCUAUCAUAUAUCAUAAUUUUUUCUCAGUCUAUUGCUUGCUCAGUCUAGACUCGUUUAUUAUAAUCAGUUUUAAGUGUUUCUUUUUUAUAUAUUCUAAUGCUUAACUUCUUUUUCGAACUUUUUAUUUUUAAAUUAAAGACGUCAUAAUAAUUUGAAAUGAAUUAAAUAUCUCUUACUUUUCAAAAUUAUAAUUUCAAAGAGAAAUAUAUUAAAAGCAUUUUACGUUCAAGUCCAUUUAGUGUCAGCUAUUAAUGCAAAAUAAUGCAGUCAAUUUAAAUUUAUAUUAAAAUAUUUUUGUAUUUUAUUGACUGUGAAACCCCUAAAAUUCCCAGUGCAUAAAUAUUUUUAUAGUAUAGUUUAUGCUAUUAAAAUCAAUAGUUUGCAUGUAAUUCUUAUUUCGUGAAAUUAUCUGUAUUUUUUUUCUUUCUUCCUGUAGGCAAUUUCGCCUUUUCAUUAAACCGUCAGUGUGUUAAGCAGGGUAAAUAACAUUUUUUUUUUAAUUUUAAAUCUUGUUCAUUCUAAUUUGUGUCACAAUUUUUUUAUAUUAUAUAUAUAUAUAUAUAAUUUGUCUGUCUUCAAUAAUUUUUUAUAUUAGUAAAACAGGCAGGAGCAUAAUCAAAUAGAAAUAAGAGUGCUCAUUUUUAUUUUUUCCUCAAGUACAUUCCUUUCUGUUUAUUUAUGGUAUUGCAGCAGUGAUUCUUAAAAUUUCCUGAAUUGUAAGCUUUCGUUUAAAAAUACACAAAUUGUUUGAAAAAUGAAAAUGCCUACACAGUGAUAAGAAAUCUGUGAUGAAUUUUUCAUAAAUUCUUUUCUCUUACUUAAAUAGAUUACGAUUUUGGAAAAAUCAAGCAACUUUAAUUAAAUAAAAGAUAAAUAGUUUCAGUGACCUGCCGAGAAAGGGGCACUAAACUCUAUAUUAUAAAUUUUUAUAAUGAAACUAACUAAAACUUAUUAAUUAUGACUUUAUGAAGAUAAUACAUAUAUUUCAAAGAAAUUUAAUGAUGUAGUUUCAUGGCCUUAAAUUACUGAAGAAACAAUAUAAUUUAUAAAAUUUAAACAUGCUUUACCCUAAAGAAGAAAAAAAUAUUUUGUCAGAAAGUAUAAUUUCUGUUAAUGUUUAUGUAAAAAAUGAAUCUUGAUUUCUGUAAAUAUAUAUAUAUUUUUAGUUGGAAUUUUUAACCUCCCCCCUUGGGAUUUUAAAUCCCGUUUCAGGGCAUCUCCACUUUUGACAUUAAUGGAACACUUAUUGAGACACGUUAGCAAACAUUUGUGGUAUUGCUUGAAGCAACCACAUUUUUAUGUCUUCAUCUUUGCCUUAGUUGAUGGGGGGGGGGGAUGUGUUGUUCCAUUUUGUAGUAAAAUGAUUUUUCUCAUUAAGUAAAAUGUGCCAAGUCCACUUUACUCUGUCGAUUUGAAAGCUAGGGUGUACAAGUCUAUCAUGAGAUCUAUGUGAGCACAACACAGUAAGUAUUGCCUUGUGCUACUAACCAGUGUGGUUUAUUCAACAAUGGGACCAUUUAGAACCUCUUAGAAUUUGUAUUGUGAUACUAAUUUUUCAGCAUAUUAAAUGCAUAAUAAUUUAUUUGAUUUCUAACAUGUGUAAGCAAAAAAGGAUAAGAAUUUUCAAAAACCAACUAAAGUUUCUUCCAUCACUUACCCCACCCCCUCAAUUACAUAUUAAUGUCAGCUGAGUUCCUUUAAACUUACACCAUUAGUUUUUGAUUUUUAGUGAAAUACUUAAUUUUUUAAUGUACUUAGUAUGCUUAAAAUUUAAAACAGUUUUAAGUUUCUGGAUUUGUUUUUUUUUUUACCAUCUCUGGCUCUAUUUUAUAGAUUCAAGUAAAAGGCAUAGUUGUUUAUACCUUUUAUGUUAUUUAAAAUUUUGUUUUAAACAAAGUAAUGUGAUUUUUCAUUGAUAUAUUGGUUUAUUAACUGUAAUUAGAAAAAGUUUGUUAAAUGUUUGUCAGUUUUUUAAACUGAGUCUUUGAUGUAUCUACUAUAAGUGACAUUUUUUUUAAUUUUUUUAAGUUAGAUAGAAAUAAGAGAUAAAAAUAUAGAUUAUCAUGCAUAUAUAUUGAAGGAUUUUCUGAACUUCAAAAUGUCUUUUUAAGUAAAAUUUUAAAUAAUAGAUAAAGUUUUACUUUUUGCUUAGCUAUCAAAAUUAUACAAUUUUAUAGUGUUAUACAAUUUAUAGUUUGUUUUACUCCUCUACCUCCCCUAUAAUAUCAAUGUAAAUAGUAACUACAUUUCCAAUGAUAUUAGUCUUUUUCUAAAACUUACCUUUAAAACAGAUUCUAAUUAAUUCAAUGUAUAUUACUCAGUUUUUGUUUUAUAUUAUAUUCCAUUACUUAUUCUAAGUUAUUAUUACAUAUCUAUAAUAAAAUUAAAUAUGCUUUGUUUUUGCAUUUUUAAUGUGUAUAUAAUUAUUAAAAUUAUGUGAAUAAGCGAAAAAGAAAAGAUUUUUAUAUUCUUUAUUUGAAUCAAGGUCUAGUCCAUUUAUAUUCCAUAAUUUGGUGUUACGUACUGUCACAAUUAUUGCUUUUCAUUUGUGUAGCAAUAUAGUUUAUAUUAAUGCUUGUCCAAAUAGCUUUCAAUUUGUUGAUUUUGAAGAAAAUAAAUACUUGUAUUUAAAUUUAUACUUUCUUAAAAUCAUCAUUAAAAAGCCUUUUUCGUUUGUUUAUAUAAUUUUAUUUAAUAUUUUAGUUUCACUUUUAAAUUUAAUUUUGUAUCAGAAAGAAAAAGCUAUUCCAUUCCAAUUUUUUUGUACUUUACAAGUUGUUUACUUUUUAUUGUAAAUAACAAAAAAAUUUCUAUUUUUUUUUUACAGCACUUCAAAUUAAAAAUACAACUUAUUAGUUUAUAACUAUUUUUACAUUUCCUACUUCUAACAUACCAAUUAUAAUUUGGCGUUAAAAAAAACUUUUAUUAUUUUUGAUAAAACUGAAAAUUUUAUCAAAAAUAAUACAAGUAAUGCUCUCUAAAUGAUCUUUCGAUUUUUAGAAAAGUUAUUUUAUGUUGAUAAUGAAAGUCAGAUUUAGUUUGCCCCAUGUUUGUAGAUUUUCUUUGUCAAAAACAUUAAAAUUUUCGAUAAUUGCUUCAUGUUUUAAAAUUCACAUUCACAUCAAUUGUCACAGAAUUAAAAACUGUUGUAUGUUAUUUUAGCCUUGAAGUACUUAUAAUAAAAUAUUUUGAUGCUCAA